AUGGCCGGCCCCGGGCGCCCGCCGAAGAACCGCGCGGAGGCGAGCGGCGUCGACGCCAAGGACGCCGUAUCCGCCGCGUGCGGCCACGGCGCGAUGGCGAAGCUCAAGGGCGCGCUGCGACGACUGAAGCCCACGCCGGGGGACGCGAAGACGGACCUCCUCCUCGUGAUCGCGUCGCGGUUGAUCAUGAACGACGGGAACGGCGUCGCCGCCGCGGACGUCGUCGCCGCGUGCGCGGUGCCCCCCGCGGACGCGUGGAUCCGCCGCACGUUCGGCGACGGCGUCGCGAUCACCCCGGCGAUGGUGGAGACCGCGCUGCGCGCGGCGAAGGAUCACUUCUCGCGCGGCAAGGACGCGCGGUAUCAUCUCGCGGGGUGGCCGCUGCCGCGUCGCGCGCAGUGCGCGGUCGGCGCGUCGUUCGUCACGGACGAUCGGUUGGGGGUGACGCCGACGACGCCGACGAAGGAGGGCGGCGGCGGCGGGGGCGGGGGAGGGACGGGCGGGAAGCCGGCGGGAGGGGGGAAGAGCAAAGCGACGCCGCCGAGGGCGGGGGCGAAGCGGAAAGAGCGCGAAGUGGAGGAGGGCGCGCGCGUCGCGGCGACGGCGACGGCGACGGCGGCGACGGCGGCGACCGCGACCGCGGCGAACGCCGACGCCGCCGGCGCGGAGCCGGAGAAGAAGAAGAAGAAGAAGAAGAAGAAGGAGAAAGCCGCGGCGGCGAAGAAGAACGCGGGCUUGCCGCCGAAGGCGUCGUCCGCCGACGCCGCGGCGACGGCGAACGCGUCGGCGCCGCCCCCGGCGGCGCACAACCCGCACAACGUCCGCGUGUCGGUGAAAUUCAUCGGACCGCCGCGGCAGGGGUCCCUCUACCGCGACCGCGUGUACCACGACGGGUUUCAGACGACGACGGUGAAGGACGGCAAGAGCGUGAAGAUCGAUUACGUCGUCGGCGACCACGUCUACGCUCUCCCCGGGUCCGAGGACGAAGACUUGUACAUCGCGCAGAUCGACAGGCGAGCUCUCGCGCCGGCCCGCCAACCUUUUUCGAUUCGCGUGUUCGAAGACCGCGACGGGCAAUUCGUGGACUGCGUCUGGCUCGAACGCGCCAAGGACGUCGCGACGGAGAUCGGCCCUCGCGCGUACAAAGAUUGCGACUUCAAACCUCACGACGUCCUCCUCUGCACCAACGUCAACAGCAACCCGAUACAGAGCAUCGAGGGCAAGGUGGACAUCUUGACCGAAGAGGCGUACGACGCCGCGGUGAAGGCGACGAAGGACUCGGGCGGCGGCGGCGGGUUCGUCCGGGAGACGUUCAGGUGUCGGCGCGCGUUGGUGGCGCGAGGGAAGAAAAAGCACGCGUCGGGUGGGAACGUGGUGCCCGUCUUGUUCGAGCCAGGGCGAGGGUUCCGACCGAAAGAUCCACCCGCGAAGGGCAAGGCGGGGCGGAAGAAGAAGAAGUGAGGCGAGGCGAGGCGAGGCGAGAGGCGAGGGAUGGAUGGAUGGAUGGUGGACGCGCGCGGGCGCGGAGAGGAGAGGAGCGUUGUGAGUACAUCCGUAGUCCGAC